UGUUGUACGCGUGCACAGAAGAGAGCAACUGGAAGUGUGGGGAGUGAUAAGUUGUGAUAACACGUUUUACAUAAUAUACGUAUGAUACAUAAGAGAAGCAAAUAGUCGAACAAUGACAAACGUAUUGAGUGCGAAGUAUGGCGUUAAAUAAAAUGCACCUAUUAAGCCGGUCGUUACAGAGCCCACAUCAGUUGGUUUUGCCAAUUGCGUUAGGAGUCGGUGUAGUCCUCACUACUGUUAUAAUUUAUCAUCUUUAUAAAUCGUCGUCAAAGACAACAAAAGGGAAAAAGAAAAUUUUAUUGGAAGAUCCACAAGCAAAAUACGCCCUUCCGUUAAUAGAAAAGGAGGAAAUAAGUCAUGACACUAGAAGAUUCAGGUUCGGUCUUCCCACAAAAGAUCAUAUUUUGGGUCUUCCCAUUGGCCAGCACAUCCACUUAUCGGCCAAAAUCGGCGAUGACUUAAUCAUCCGAUCCUACACUCCCGUAUCAUCAGACGACGAUUACGGCUUCGUCGAUUUAGUCAUCAAGGUUUAUUUUAAAAAUGUACAUCCACGAUUUCCGGAAGGCGGAAAGAUGUCCCAACACCUUGAAAGUCUGAAAAUUGGCGACACCAUCGAAGUUCGAGGACCCUCGGGUCGUCUUCAGUAUAAAGGACACGGAACAUUUUCGGUUAAAAAACUCCGAAAAGACCCCCCGCAAGCCGUCACUGUGAAUAAAGUUUCCAUGAUUGCCGGUGGCACUGGAAUCACGCCGAUGUUGCAACUAAUCAGACACAUAACGAAAGAUCCCGCGGAUAAAACGAAACUCAAGUUGAUAUUUGCUAAUCAGACUGAAAAAGAUAUUCUCGUACGAAAAGAAUUAGAAGAAGUCGCCGAAAAACACCCGGAUCAGUUUGAAUUGUGGUACACUUUGGACACACCGGGUGAAAGUUGGAAAUAUAGUUCUGGGUUUAUUAAUGAUACUAUGAUACAGGAGCAUCUGUUUCCUCCCAGCAAUGACAAUAUAGUACUCAUGUGUGGACCACCUCCAAUGAUUAAUUAUGCUUGCAACCCGAAUUUAGAGAAGCUGAAGUAUGAUAAAGAUCUUUGCUUUGCUUAUUAGUAAGAUUUGUUACGUUGUUGACUUUUAUCCAUUUUAUGAUGGAAUGUCAUAAUUCCGUUUAUGUUUAGUGACUUAAGGUUUUUAUAGUCGUUACUCUGGUUGUUUGAUACCUCCUUACAUUACCUUGCAUAAAUACAGUUGUUGACAGUUUAUUAACAAUAAACUUAUUUUCCACUGAA